AUGUCUAUCAAUCGAUUCUUCUAUCUUUAUGAUUCCAAGAUGUUUGCGGUCCAGUUGGACGCCGCGGGCAUUUACCUCGUCGGUACACCGACAGAACAAUUCCACCUAUCCUUCGAAGAAAUGAUGGCUUUCAAUGCAGGCAUAAUCGGCCUUCUGGAGUACGGCGUCACUUGGAAGGUAUUAAAAGGAGUCAUAAGCCGAAUAAGACAUCGGUUAUGGAAUCGAGCUGGAACAGCCCUGGAGACACAACCUGCACUGUGGAUUGACAGCUCGGGGCCUGUGCUAUAUGAGGUCCGUCAUGGACUGGAAUCAAUUCUUGUAACUCCACAAGACUUGGAGUCUUCUCGGUUUGGGAAGGCUAUCAAAACAUACUGGGAUAUGGGAAUGAAUGGGCCUAGCACGCGAUCCACCAUACAGAUGCUGCUUGAAGCAUUUUUGAUUGGUCUUUGGAGGAAUAUGCUGCGCAAGCUGAAGAAACUACAGUUCUGA